AUGGACUCGAGCUCGUGCUUGCCCAAGAUCUGCUGGCUCUUGCUCGCGGCGGUGGUGGUGGCGCUCCCGGACGGAGUCCACUCCGGCACGCAAGUGAAGGUCUUCGAUGUGAGGAAGUUUGGCGCCAUCGCCGACGGGAAGACCGACAACAGCAAGGCAUUUCUUGAUGCGUGGAACCAAGCUUGUCAAUACAAGAAGGGAGUUCGGAGGAGAUUGUACGUGCCGCUAGGGACAUACGUGGUUUGGCCAGUGGCAUUCAAGGGGCCGUGCACCGGCCCCUUGACGGUCACGGUCAAAGGGGUGGUCCAGGCGCCCGUUGACAAGUCAACGUUCUCCCUGGACCAUUGGAUCACCUUCCAGCACGUCAGCGGGAUGCUGAUCAACGGCGGGGGUACGUUCGACGGCCAGGGGCCCGCAGCUUGGCCUUACAACGAAUGCGCUUGCAAGUAUCCUCUUCCAACGUCGGUGAGAUUCAAUUUCGUCAACAACACAUCGAUUCGCAAGAUAAGUUCGGUCAACAGCAAGCACUUCCACUUUAACGUCUUCGCCUCCAAUGAUCUCGAGUUCAGGGGCGUGCGGAUAAUCGCCCCCGACGAAAGCCCCAACACGGACGGGAUCCACAUAGGCGACUCAUCCCGUAUCAGGGUCGCCGACUCCGUGAUAUCGACCGGGGAUGACUGCGUCUCGGUUGGCCCGGGGUCGAAGGACAUAGACAUCGUGGGCGUCCACUGCGGGCCGGGUCACGGGUUUAGCGUAGGGAGUCUCGGGAAAUACCCGAACGAGGCGGACGUAACCGGGCUGUCGGUGAGGCAUUGUACUAUGGUUGGCACUCAGAAUGGUGUGAGGAUCAAAACGUGGGCUUCUCCGCUCAAAAGCAAGGCCUACAAUUUCUCGUUUCAUGACAUUACCAUGACGAAUGUGCUUAGACCCAUUAUUAUUGACCAAGAGUACUGUCCCCGUGGUGGUUGUUCUAAGGAGUUGGCGUCGAAUGUUCAGAUCAAGGACGUUUUGUUCUCGAAGAUCCAGGGCACUUCGGCUUCGCAGGUGGCGGUCAACCUCAUAUGCAGCCCGAGCUUGCCUUGCAAGAACAUCAAUCUCGACAACAUCAACUUGGCUUACACCGGCAGCAAAGGGAAUGCGAAGUCCUACUGUGCUCAUGUGAUAGGCAGCUCACGGGGCGUACAAAAGCCGCCUUCUUGCAUUUAGCACAGACAAAUAUGAAGCUAGCUUUUCUUUUUUCUAUCUCCCGACCCCCGACAAGCGAGGAACGUUAAGUAUUUAGUCAAUAACACUGCUGGGUCGAGUAGGAUUGUUUUUCCUUCAAAUGUAAAUUCUUAUUUGUGCUAGGUUUAGUGGUAAUCAGGGUGGAAACAUGUGGUAAUUCAUGCCAUAGCCUAUCUCCACCUGAAAUGUAAUAUCUGCUCGAUCAAGCGUGUUGUUUUUCCUUUGA